GCGUUGUCAUUCACUAGUGAAAAUUCGCCGCGUUAAGUUCUUUCGGUUGCCUGACGGCUUUGAGAUCCAGAAAAUUACACUCCGAAGCUCGAAAAUAUAUUUUCAACGGAAAAAUAUAACUUUUGAAACAACAACUAGACUUUCGACGAUUGUUUCGUUUGGAACGGAAAAUUUGCUUUAGAUCUAUCACCUUCGAAAUAUAAUUGUGUACUGAGCUGUGCUUGAUUCUACACAAACCACAUUUGGAAAACGAAGGCGUAACUAAAGUCAGCGCCUACCUUACGAACCGAGAAGGAAAACAAAAACAGGCCACAAAUAGGAAGCUGCCUAAACAAAAAAAGGGAGCUGCCAACUUGCAUUUUACGCAUUUGCGUUUCGUUUGUUCCACUCUUGUGUCACCCGUAGCCCACGUCCACAUUUGUGGCGUGUGCAACCAGAAGCCGUCAAGACGACUUACUCGAUAAUGAAGAUGAGCUCGCCCAGGAUCAUGCAGCAGAAACGGAGUAGCAAAUCCUCCAACUCGUCGCGGGUCUCAAUGACGACCUCGACGGCGGAGGAGAACCUCAUCGAGUCGAAGCUGUUUAGCUGGAUGCGGCUCUUCCGCUUCGCCUCGCUGCUCUGUCGCGCCGAGUAACGAGUUCAUCAAUAAGAUACCCCACACCCAACCCCAUCCCCACCCCCCAUUAUAAGCCCCGCAAAUAUUAAGAGAAAUGCAUAUAAAAGAUACAGAUACCGAUACUCGAACUAGUUGCCGCUUUUCAGUCAA